GUUCAUUUUAGGUCACGUCGUCCAACAGCAGCACAACGUGAACUUCUUGCAUCAAUUUGUCGUUUUCAUCGUCGAAUCAAAGGUGCAACGAUUGAUGUUUGGUGGCUAUAUGAUGAUGGUGGCUUAACACUUCUUAUUCCACAUUUAUUAACUUUACCGAAGAGUUAUUUGGAAAAUGCUCGGCUACGUGUUUUUACCAUUUCUACGUCUCCAACAUUGAUGGAGCAAGAGCAACGUAGCAUGGCAGCGUUAUUAACAAAAUUUCGAAUCGAUUUCUCUGAUGUUUCCGUAAUUCCUGAUAUUGGUCGAAAGCCAACCGCUCAGACAGAAGAAAUAUUUUCUGAACUUAUCGCACCAUUUGUUUGUGAUGAUAAUAAGGUACAACCCGGACUGAUCACUCGAUCAGAAUUAGAUGCUCAAAAACAACGCACAAAUCGGCAAUUAAGAUGCUCAGAAUUACUUCAUGAAUUAUCUUGCAAAGCUGAUCUAGUUGUUUUAACAUUGCCUGUUCCACGUGUUGGUUUUGUAAGCAGUUGUUUGUACAUGGCGUGGUUGGAUAUGAUGACACGUGAUUUGCCGCCAACAUUAUUAAUCAGAGGAAAUCAGACUUCUGUUCUUACGUUUUAUUCGUAA